AUGGCGCCAUCUAUUGGCGUACCGGAGUUCUACGCGGGGAAGUCCAUUUUUAUUACGGGAGCGACGGGGUUUAUGGGAAAAGUUCUCAUAGAAAAACUGCUUCGAUCAUGUCCAGAUUUGAACAAGAUAUACUUGCUCAUGCGCCCGAAACGGGGGCAGAAUAUUAAAGAGCGUCUCGACGAUUUUAUUAAUUGCAAGGUUUUCGACGGCCUCCAUGAAAAAUCACCGAAAUCCUUUGACAAAUUACACGUUAUAUCUGGCGAUAUUUUGCAAGACGACCUCGGCAUGUCCAUACAAGAUUGGGAAUUGUUACAGAAAGAGGUGCAGAUUUUAUAUCACUGCGCUGCUUGCGUACGUUUCGAUAUGUUCAUCCGAGAUGCGAUAAACAUGAACACGUUGGGGACUAUGAAAGUGCUGAACUUAGCGGAUGGCAUGCAAAAACUUGAGGUAUUUGUACACGUGUCUACAGCAUACUGCCGCUGUGAAGUCCACACUUUAGAAGAAAGACUCUAUCCAGCAAAUCAUAAACCUCAAAACGUGAUGGAAUGCGUGAAGUGGAUGGAUGACGACUUGCUUAGUUAUUUACAGCCUAAACUUAUCCAGCCACAACCUAACACUUACGCUUACACGAAGUCACUAACAGAAGAUCUCGUAUCGCAGCACGUUGGAAAAUAUCCUAUAGUUAUCGCCAGACCAUCUAUAGUGAUCGCUUCGUACAAAGAGCCGAUGCCGGGGUGGGUGGACAACAUGAACGGACCUACAGGGUUGCUAGUUGGUGCUGGAAAAGGUGUCAUCCGUACAAUGCACUGCAACGACAGCUAUCUGGCUGAUGUGGUGCCAGUCGAUAUGGUGGUGAAUGCUUGCAUCCUCUUAUCAUACGUGACAGCUUUGGAAAAACCAAAAGACAUUAGAAUUUGUAACAUCACUCAGUCCGGUUACAACCCUAUCACAUGGGGAGAAGCUCUUGAUAUGGGUCGGGUCCACGUUCAGGAAUUCCCUUUCUCUGUCUGCCUCUGGUAUCCCGGGGGAUCCCCCAAAAGCUCAAGACUGCAUCAUUUAAUUGCUGUUUUCUUUUUCCACUUCCUGCCUGCUUAUUUCGUUGAUAUGAUUUGUAUUUUAAUGGGAAAGAAGACUUUUAUGAUAAAAAUUCAAAAGCGUGUGAACUACGGCCUAGAAGUCCUGCAAUAUUACACGACCAAGGAAUGGUACUUUAAUAACGAGUACUAUAGAUCGUUACCAAAUAUGAUAUCUAAAGCCGAUAACGAAAUGUUCUACACUGAUUUACACAUGAUUAAUUGGAGUUCUUACAUCCGGAACUACAUAAAAGGUGCACGAGAGUAUUGUUGUAAGGAAGACCCUUCCACGUUGCCGCAAGCUAGGAAAUUGAAUAACCAAUUAUACUACUUGGAUAAAGCUGUACAAUUCGUGGUAUAUUCCUUGAUCGCAUACUUCAUAUACUACUAUAUUAUAAGAAUUUUUAGU